GGGGCGGGGCUCCGGCCCAGGAAAGCCCCGCUCCCGGGCGGCGGGCAACUGAGGUUACCCUCUCCGCGCUCGGUCGACGCGGCGGCGAAUGGAGCAGGAGCGCGCAGGUGCCUCAGCAUCUCCCCAUGGGGCGGCUUCAUGCUGGCCUCCUGCUCGCCGUGACCGGCCUGAUCCUGGCGUGGGCGGCAGGCUGUGGGAGCCUGAAGGUUCUGCGGAAGCCCACCUGCUUCUCGGAUUACCUCAGCCUGUCCACCUGUGAAUGGCGGCUGGACCGCCCCCUGGACUGCAGCGCGGCGCUCCGCCUGUCCUACGAGCUCCUGUUCAACCCGGAACCGGAUGCAGAAAUCCACACCUGCAUCCCCGAGAACAGUGCCGAUGCGGUGUGCGUGUGUCACAUGGACAUUAAGCAGCCAGUCAUCGUGGACACCUAUCAGCUGGACCUGUGGGCCGGGACGCAGCUGCUGUGGACCCACAACUUCACGCCCAGCCAGCAUGUGAAGCCCAGAGCCCCGGUGAACCUCACAGUCAGCGCCAACGUCUCCAGCGGGUGGCUGCUGUCCUGGAGCAACCCAUACCCGACAUGGAACUUCCUUCACUUCAGGCUCAGCCACCAGGUCAAAGUCUCCAGCGAGAGCAAGCCGGAGCACGUCAAAAUCUACAACCUGACCUACAAGGAGACCAGCUUCCACCUGGAAGCCCGAGACCUGAUGUCCGGGGUUUCCUACACCGCGUGGGUGAGGGCCCUGGCCCAGCUCAACGGCAGCACCUGGAGUGAGUGGAGCCCCGGCGCCAAGUGGAAGAACCACUACGAGCAGCUGCUGGAGCAGCGCGUCAAGCUGGGCGUCCUCAUCUCCUGCUUCCUCAUCACGCUCAUCUGCCUGUCCUGCUACUGCAGCAUCAGCAAGAUUAAGAAGGAGUGGUGGGACCAGAUUCCCAACCCGGCCUGUAGCCCCGUGGUAGCCAUUGUCAUCCAGGACCCCCAGGUGUCACCAUGGGAGAAGUGGUCCCGGGGCCAGGAGCCCAGGAAAUGCCCACGCUGGAAGACAUGUCUGACCAAGCUCCUGCCCUGCUUUCUGGAGCACAGCGUGAAAAAGGAUGAAGAUCUCCCGAAGGCUGCCAGGAACAGGCCUUUCCACGGCCCCGGCAGAUCAGUGUGGUGCCCCGUGGAGGUCAGCAGGACGGUCCUCCUGCCGGAGACUAUCAGCGUGGUGCGGUGCGUGGAGUUGUUUGAGGCUCCCGCAGAGGUCAAGGAGGAAGAAGAGGAGGUGGAGGAGGAUAGAGGGGGCAGAGAGGACUCCUGCACAUCCCUGGAGGGCAGCGAGGGCAGCUUUCCAGAUGGCAGGGUGAGGAUCGCGGAGAGCAUGAUCCUGGGCCUGCUGGGGGCGGAGGACGGGGAUGUCUGCCGGCCCAGCCUGGGGGAGCCCUGCCUUCUGCUGCCCCCGGGGAGCACGAGCACGCAGACGCCCUGGGCCUUGUUCCCCACCCCUUGGGACGAGGAGCAGCCUCAGGCCGGGGCAGCCCAGGGCCCAGCCUGCCCCGAGGUGCCCCUGGUCGUCAAGGACAACCCCACCUACCGCAGCUUCAGCCACUUUCAGGGCCAGGCCCAGAGCCCCGGAGGGCUGGCCCCAGAACCCCUGUGGGGCGAACACCUGAAGGAAGGGGGGGACCCCACGAGCCCUGGCACCCCCCAGCCCUCAGAGCCACAGACCUGGGAGCAGAUCCUCCGCCAGAGCGUCCUCCAGCACGGGGCCACCCCGGCCCCCGCUGUCACCUCCUGCAGUGGCUACCGGGAGUUCGUGCAGGCGGUGAGGCAGGGCGGCCCCCAGGACGGUGCGGCGGCCCCCGGCCCCUCGGGAGACGCUGGGUACAAGGCGUCCUCCUGCCUGCUCCCUGACAGUGCCACCUUGGCAGGGGCGGCAGGGCCCGGGGGCAGCAGUGGGGACGGAGGCUACAAACCCUUCCAGAACCUCGCUGCCAGCUACACUGGGCACCCGGCCCCCGGCCCUCUGCCCCUCUUCACCUUUGGCCUGGAUGUAGAGCCACCUGUCACCCCCCAGAACCCCCUCCCCACAAGCACACCCCCAGAGGGCCUCAGUCUGGGGCCAAAGGUCAAAGAGGAGGACAGGCAGAAGCCGCUGGUGCCCCCCCAGGAGGCCACCACCCCUCUCAGGGACGACCUGGCCAGUGGCAUCGUCUACUCUGCCCUCACCUGCCACCUGUGUGGUCACUUGAAGCAGUGUCACGGCCAAGAGGAGGCCGGCCAGGCCCAGCUCGUGCCCAGCCCCUGCUGUGGCUGCUGCUGUGGAGACAGGUCGUCACCCCCAGGGGCGCCCCCUGGGGCCUUGGAGCCGGCCCCGGCUGAGCCUCCGCUGCACGCCAGCCUCCGCCCCGCCUCCCCGGCACCCGUGGGCAUCUCGGAGGAGGAGAAGUCCUCCCUGUCCUUCCAUCUUGCGCCCAGCAAUGCUCAAAGCUCAAGCCAGGCCCCCAAAGUGGGCGGCCUAGUCCCCCCAGGGCCCCUGAGCGUGAGCGAGUCCAGCUACGGGCCUUCUUGUUGCUGAGGUCUGCCGGGGGCGCUGGGCCCGUCCGAGCCCCGGAACCUCCUUCGGGAGGCGGCCCAGGUGGCGGAUUUCCCGCAGCCUGUGAGAUGGAGGCAUGACCUUGGCCUAACACCAGGCCGCAGGCUGGGCCCCACCCCUGUGCCGGCCUGGGGGAGCCCAGCCUGCGGGAGCCCAGGGCUCCGGGCGGCUCCUUCCCACUGGAGCGCCUGCAGGGGUGUGGGGCAGCCCGGCUUACGAAUGAGCGGCUGCCUGCCACCCCCACCGUGUCCCCCGCGACUGUCCCCAUCCGACCCACCCGGGUCCGUGUCGUCUGCCCGGUCACUUGAGUGCCUGCGGUUGGCUGUCCCCAUCUCACCAAAUGGAAAGUUGAACCCAGAACCUUGAGGCCAACAAAGGACGACUUGGGAGGCCUUGGCCGUGGGCAGAAGUCGGGUCUCAGGUGAUGCUCGGGGCACAGAGGCGACACUUACUCUGCACACUCGGGGCAGAAGAAUGAAAGGAAUUGUCACUACCAAAGCAGUGGCAGUUGCUCCCAGGGGCCCACGCACAACUGUCGGGUUGGGGCUCCCACGGAGGUCCCUGAGCACACAGACUCAGCUCCCUGUGACUGUCCUCCGUGGACCCCAGUGCUGACAGCCCCAGAGAGGCAGAGGGCAGUGGCAUGUGUCCCGGGGCCCAGCUGGGGCUGGACAGUCCCUGCUCCAGACCCCAGGCCUCGGGUGCUGGGGAAGGGGGGCUGGGCAGGGUGCUCCCUGUCUGCGCGCCCCAGGACUAUGUCACUGCCUGCCUCUGUUUGCUGGGGAGGGCGGAACAGGACCCAGUUGGAGUUUUAUAUAAAUAAAAUUCUUUAUCUUUA